AUGAAGACUUCGACGGGGUUGGUCGCCGUCGGCGCGUACACCGUGGGUGCACUCGUGGCGUACAGGGUGCUGAAGAGCGCGCGCGACGCCGACGCCGACUCCGUGGCGCAUUGGCUCGCGUCGGGCGUCAGAAAGUCCGGCACCACGUCAUUUCUGCGUCAGCUCCGAGAGGCGUUCGGGGUGGGCGCCUCGGCGGACGCGGACGAUGCGAACGGUGGGACGAUGCGACGCCGAGGGGACGCAAACGAGCUCGAGGUACCGUUCGUCGAUGGAGUCGAGGACCGACCGGCGGCCGAGCGCGCGGAGGAUGCGAGCGCGGCGCGGGGGGUCGGGGCGCCGUUGAGCAUCCGGACGAAACCGAGGGCUGGUGCCAAUUCCGCCGAUGCGCCUCCAAUUGGACCCCGAUGGGACGGGACGCCGGUGCCGGAGGACUUCCUCUGCCCCGUCGGCCGCCACAUCAUGCACGAUCCGGUCGUGUGCGGGUGCAUGCCCACGUGCGGCGCCACGUUCGAUCGCGCGAACGUGUCGCGAUGGAUCGACUCGGCGAACGGAGGAACCUGCCCAAACACCGGCAGGGAGCUGCGCAGGGCGCAGCUCUUCCCCAAUCGGACUCUGCGUGGUCUCAUCGAGGAAUGGAGCGAGACUCACGGAGUGCCUGACGACGCGGCGGCGCCCGAGGACGUGGUCAAGUACGAGGAUCCGCCCUUGGAGGUGGGGCAGAACGCCGCGCGGAGACGGAGGCUCAUCGAGAGCGACGACGACGACGACGACGACGACGACGACGAAGCCUGGGAACAAAUCGAGAACAUUUUCCGAGAACAGGGUCCCGAACAGUUUCCCAUCGCGCGGGCGUAUCAGAGCAUGAACGAAGAGGACGUGACCGAAUCUCGUCCCGGUAUCGUGGCGCGCGACAUACGGAGCGAUCUCGAGCUUAGGGGAUUCGACAUCUCCCCGACUUUCGAGUCUCGCGUGGAAGGUCUCGAUCCCGUGGACACUCGUCUAGAUGGCCCCGUGGCCGACAUCGUCUUUUACAUCGACGUCGACGAUGAGGAAUUUGACUCGGGAUACGUCUCCCAUCUGUACCCGGACGUCGACGAAUGGUCCGAACGAGAUCGCAUGAUCCUCCGUGAGGUAAUACGCGAUAUGUUCAGCAGGCGUUUAGUACACAUCAGGGAGGCGCUUCACGAGGGUCGAUGCACUGGUGGGGAUAUCGUGGACGGCAACAAUGGAGGUGUGCACUCCUCCGAAAACAGCUCAUGGAUAAAGCGCGCGAUACCCUGGCUGUGCGUUUUGGUAAACGAGGCUAACUUGCUCGAGGAAGAUAGGAUCAACGCCGCUUACAUUCUGCGAGAGUGUGUCAAGGGGAGAAUGACAGAGACGGAGAAGCAACUGAGCGUGGAGGCGUACCCAGAUAUCAUACGAAGCUUCGUGAGUGAAAGCGGACGACCUUCUUCUUCCCGGGACCGGACAACCUCCUUCCCCAUGGACGGCAAAACGACCUGCUUGAUCAAUCUGGAGGUGGAAUUCCAAGUGCUGGGCACGGCUCGUAGGAUGCUUCCACAAGUCAGUGAUUUGUUCCCGUCGACGAUGACUGAACGAAACGCCUCCGUCUUACAGAAUGCCAUGGUGCUCAUUCUCUGGGAUCUCCUAGUGGAGCAACUGCCGCCCGUCACCGACGCGAACACCCAGCGGUUACACUCUGAGUGGUUCGGCUGGGAGACUCCGAUGUUAGCGCAUGGUAUCUGCUCGGGCCUGAACCGAGUCAUCGAAGAUUUCCUGAAGAAUCACGACCGGCUCGAAGAGGAACACCUGAUAAUUGCCGCCGAGGCUGCGGAAAAUGCAAAGUGCGUGGCUCGCAUGCUGAAGGAGCUGGUGACGGCCAUCCCCGAGGACGCCGCGUUCUUGACGCACGAUGAUCUAUGGGUUGACGGGAUGUGUAUCGACAUGAAAGAGCUGAGGAAUAACCUAUUAGAGCUUGAAAUAUCAUCACCCCGCGCCCGGCGGUAA